GCAGCCGCUGCUACUCUCUCUCAAGAGUGACGGGUGCGGACGAGGUGAACGAGGAGCGGCGGCUGGAGUGGCGGGACGGCAGCCACCAUGUCGGAUACGCGGCGGCGAGUGAAAGUCUAUACCCUGAAUGAAGACCGGCAAUGGGACGACCGAGGCACCGGGCACGUCUCUUCCACCUAUGUGGAAGAGCUCAAGGGGAUGUCGCUGCUGGUUCGGGCAGAGUCGGACGGAUCACUACUCCUGGAAUCAAAGAUAAAUCCAAACACUGCGUAUCAGAAACAACAGGAUACAUUGAUUGUUUGGUCAGAAGCUGAAAACUAUGAUCUGGCUUUAAGUUUUCAGGAGAAGGCUGGCUGUGAUGAGAUCUGGGAAAAAAUUUGUCAGGUUCAAGGUAAGGAUCCAUCAGUGGAAGUUACGCAGGACCUCAUUGAUGAGUCAGAAGAAGAACGAUUUGAAGAAAUGCCUGAAACCAGUCAUUUGAUUGACCUGCCCACGUGUGAACUCAAUAAACUUGAAGAGAUUGCUGACUUAGUUACCUCAGUUCUCUCCUCGCCUAUCCGUAGAGAAAAGCUGGCUCUGGCCUUGGAAAAUGAAGGCUAUAUUAAAAAACUACUGCAGCUUUUCCAAGCUUGUGAGAACCUAGAAAACACUGAAGGUUUACACCAUUUGUAUGAAAUUAUUAGAGGAAUCUUAUUCCUAAAUAAGGCAACUCUGUUUGAGGUAAUGUUUUCUGAUGAGUGUAUUAUGGAUGUCGUCGGAUGCCUUGAGUAUGACCCUGCUUUGGCACAGCCUAAAAGACAUAGAGAAUUCUUAACCAAAACUGCAAAGUUUAAGGAAGUAAUUCCAAUAACAGACUCUGAACUAAGGCAAAAAAUACAUCAGACUUACAGGGUACAAUAUAUUCAGGACAUCAUACUGCCUACACCAUCCGUUUUUGAGGAGAAUUUUCUUUCAACUCUCACGUCUUUUAUUUUCUUCAACAAAGUUGAAAUAGUCAGUAUGUUGCAGGAAGAUGAGAAGUUUUUGUCUGAAGUUUUUGCACAAUUAACAGAUGAGGCUACAGACGAUGAUAAACGGCGUGAAUUGGUUAAUUUUUUCAAGGAAUUUUGUGCAUUUUCUCAGACACUACAACCUCAAAAUAGGGAUGCAUUUUUCAAAACUUUGGCAAAGUUGGGGAUUCUUCCUGCUCUUGAAAUUGUGAUGGGCAUGGAUGAUUUGCAAGUCAGAUCAGCUGCUACAGAUAUAUUUUCUUAUCUAGUAGAAUUUAGUCCAUCCAUGGUUCGAGAAUUUGUAAUGCAAGAAGCUCAGCAGAGUGAUGAUGAUAUCCUUCUUAUUAAUGUAGUAAUUGAGCAAAUGAUCUGUGAUACUGAUCCUGAGCUAGGAGGUGCUGUUCAGUUAAUGGGACUUCUUCGUACCCUGAUCGAUCCAGAGAAUAUGCUUGCUACAACUAAUAAAACUGAAAAGAGUGAAUUUCUCAAUUUCUUCUACAAUCAUUGUAUGCAUGUCCUCACAGCACCACUUUUGACCAAUACAUCUGAAGACAAAUGUGAAAAAGAUAGUAUUGUUGGAUCUAACAGAAACAACGCAAUUUGUCCUGAUAAUUAUCAGACAGCACAGCUUCUUGCCUUAAUUUUAGAGUUACUCACAUUUUGUGUGGAGCAUCACACAUACCACAUUAAAAACUAUAUUAUGAACAAGGACUUACUAAGAAGAGUCUUGGUUUUGAUGAAUUCAAAGCAUACUUUCCUGGCCCUGUGUGCUCUUCGUUUUAUGAGGCGAAUUAUUGGCCUUAAAGAUGAAUUUUAUAAUCGCUAUAUCACCAAGGGAAAUCUUUUCGAGCCAGUUAUAAAUGCUCUUCUGGAUAAUGGAACUCGGUACAAUCUAUUGAAUUCUGCUGUUAUUGAAUUAUUUGAAUUUAUAAGAGUGGAAGAUAUCAAGUCUCUUACUACACAUAUAGUUGAAAACUUUUAUAAAGCACUUGAAUCGAUUGAAUAUGUUCAGACAUUCAAAGGAUUGAAGACUAAGUAUGAGCAAGAAAAAGACAGACAAAAUCAGAAACUGAACAGUGUACCAUCUAUAUUGCGUAGUAACAGAUAUAGAAGAGAUGCAAAAGCCUUGGAAGAGGAUGAAGAAAUGUGGUUUAAUGAAGAGGAAGAGGAGGAAGGAAAAGCAGUUGUUUCAUCUGUGGAAAAAUCUAAGUCAGAAGAUGAUUUCCCAGAUAGUUAUGAAAAAUUUAUGGAGACUAAAAAAGCGAAAGAAAGUGAAGACAAAGAGAACCUUCCCAAAAGGACAUCUUCUGGUGGCUUUAAAUUUACUUUUUCCCACUCCACCAGUGCUGCAAAUGGAACAAAUAGCACAAACAGUAAAUCUAUAGUGACUCAAACCCCACCAGCAAGUUCUAAUGGAUCUUCUUCCAAAACAAACUUGGCUACAUCAGUAACAACCACCAAGGGAAGUUUGGUUGGUUUAGUGGAUUAUCCAGAUGAUGAAGAGGAAGAUGAAGAAGAAGAAACAUCCCCCAGGAAAAGACCUCGUCUUGGCUCAUAAAAAUCCUACUGGGACCCUUAAUUUGUGGUCUUACUGAUAUGCUGCAACUGUUCAAGAGCUGAAAAAUCUGAAUCAGAAAGCUUUCUCACUUGAACUUAUAACUAUACAAGGAGUAGCAAAAGACAACUAGGAGUGUUUAGUUCUGUAAAAAACCAGGCUUCCCAGGAACUUGAUUGCUUACUAGUAAUUAAGGUGUUUGCCAUUCAGGCUGUCAUUUAAAAAAAAAAGAAAAAAGAAAAAAAGGUUAAUACCCAAAGUCUGGGAGAUAGCUUCUCAGCCAAGAAGCUCUCAGGUUUGCGGGGAGGGACAAGGUUGAUAAAAUAUUAAUGCAGGGUUGCUCCAGGGGUUAUCUACAAUAGAAGCAAGUACAACACUUCAGUUGCAAACCCAAGAACAUUACCUAGAUAAUGGUGCUGGCCAUAUUGUUCUUUUAUUCCGUUGCCUCUUAUUAAAAGGAAUUUUUAUGGAAAACCAAUUCAGCUAUCAUAAAAAUUGAAGUUAAGCUGUUGGGACCAUUUCCUUGAAGAUUUAACAAAAAUUCAACUGUAAUAAGUAGUUGAAGGAAAAGUACACCCUGUAUUACAGCACACGUUUACACGUUUAUUUACUACACCAGGAAUAUUUAAAGUAUUCUUGAUGAAAACGAAUUGGAUUCACAAUGGACUGUUACUAUAACUUUAAAAUCAGUGCUUUAAAAGAUAACGUGUCAAGAAUCAAUACAGUAGUAUUCCAAAAUAAUUUUCUCUAAAAACUUGGGGAGUGGAUUGAACAGAAUAUUUUCAACUGCCUACUAGUACAAUCUUUUGUGAAGGAUACUUUAAAGUCAUUUUCUUAUUUGUUACUGAAGUUCUUUCCAAAGCUGCAGGCAAGUUUUAAAGUAUAAUUUAUAAAGACCAUACAAAGAAUAGAGCUAAGUUAAGUGGCAUUUAAUAUUUAGAGGCCAUAUUGAUCCAAGAAGAAUUUGCUAUGGUGUCAAAGUCAGUGUGCAGCACAUAAAGUUUUUCCAUAAACAAGGGUGUAAUAUGAAAGCUGCUUUUUUUUUUUAAAGGAGUAAAAAGCACAUUCCAUGUACGUAAAUGAAUUUAAAAUAAUUGAGGCAAACAGUUAAGAAGUUUUAUUUUUAGAACAGGUUAACUGUAAAUAUUUUAAUGUUAGUUUGUUCAUUUAUGAUCUGAGAUCAUGCUAAAGUGAGAACAACAUCCCCAAAACUGUAAUGCAUUGGGAAAAGCAAAAGCUACAAAUAGUAUUCCAGCUACAAUCUUCAGAUCACUCUUGUAAUGUGUUAUGGGUCCAUUUUUCCUGGAAUAGCUUAAACUGAAGCAGUUUCCCCUGUUUUGGAGAUUUUGUAGUUAAUUUUAAUUUUGGCUAUUGUUUGGAAAAGAUGGGCUGUCUGUGUAGAUAUGAAGUAUAGUUUUUCCAUAAAACAGAUGUUUAUUUUGUAUUAAAAAUACCACUGUACUUGUUUUACACCAUUUGUAUACAUGUGGUGAUAUUAAUGCUGAACUGUAAAAUUCAGGAAUUAAAAUGUGACCCUGUAAUUCUA